AUGGACUCCGACUCAUCAACCAGUGUAUCUCAAAUAACUGAGAAUCAAUGGGAUGAUUUUCUUGAAACAGAACAACCUGCUGCGCAGUGUUUAUUUUGUUUUUCUAAGUUUGACGAUACACAGCUUGUUUAUAAACAUUGUAAAGAAGUUCAUGCUUUUGAUUUACAAGCACUUCGCAAACAUUUUAAUCUUGAUUUCUAUAAUACAAUUCGUCUCAUUAAUUAUAUUCGUGAUAAAGUAAAUAAAGGAUUAUCUCCAAAUGUAAUGGCACAAGAAAAUUAUGUUGGCCAUGAUAUAUAUUUACGGCCUGUUCUUCAAGAUGAUCGUUUACUUAUGGACUUAGAAGAUGAUGAUGAUGAUGACGAUAAUAACAACAAUUACGAUAAUAUACAUACUAAUUUAAAAGAAAAAGAUAAUUCAAUACCAAAUUUAUUUAAUGAAAAAACUAAAAGUAAUAAAAUCUGA